CUUCCGGUCUAUCACUCUUUCAGUCCGAAGUGGAAACACUGGAAACUAAAGAAGCUCAGAAUCGGUACCGCCUCACUGACCCAACCAGCCCAGCAGAGCCGUCAGGUUCCCCGGAUCACAACCAGAAGCUUAAAAUGCAAUUGAUGGGUGUUUACCUGGAUCGCUUCUGCUGACCAGUCCAAUGCUUAGUUUCCUAUGGGGGUGGUUACUACUAUGGACCCGGAUUCGGCCCGGCAACCGCAGGGCAAGUUGGGUAAAGGUGGCCACGCGCUAAUAGGGGCCAAUCUUGGUGCUCGUGGAAAGCACUAUGUGUGUGGCUCACUUGCUGCGUUCACCAACAUCAUCGUGACCUUUCCCAUUCAGAAAGUGUUGUUCCGCCAGCAGUUACAUGGGGUUCGAGUGAACGAAGCCGUCCAUCAGUUACAAAGAGAAGGGUUGAGACAUCUCUACCGAGGGCUUCUGCCUCCACUAUUGCAGAAAACCACUACCGUGGCCAUCAUGUUUGGCCUGUAUGAGGAUUUUUCCCGUUUGCUUUUGCGUCACGCUCAUAGAAGUGGCGCGCCUGAGCUUGUUACGCGGAGCGUCGCUGCCGCGCUGGCCGGGACAGCCGAGGCCGCCCUUACGCCAUUCGAACGGGUGCAAACGCUGCUUCAGGAUCACAGGCACAAUGGGCGGUUCAAUAACACCGCCCACACUUUCCGGACUCUCCUGCGGGACUAUGGCGUGAGGGAGUGCUACCGCGGGCUGGUCCCGGUUUUGUUGCGCAACGGGCCUAGUAACGUUCUGUUCUUUGGCUUGCGUGGGCCAAUUAAGCAGCGGCUGCCUGAUGCCCGAACCCGUGUGGGUCACAUGGCCAAUGACUUUGUAUGUGGCGGGCUGCUGGGAGCGGCGCUGGGUAUCAUGUUCUACCCCCUGAAUGUGGUCAAAUCUCGAGCUCAGGCUCGAGUCGGGGGCGAGUUCGUUCCUUGCCACCAAGUGCUGAUGACCGUGUGGCGGGAACGAGGCGGCAGCAUCGUGCUGCUCUUCCGCGGGGCGACGCUCAACUACCACCGAUCUCUUCUGUCGUGGGGGAUCAUCAAUGCAACUUAUGAGCUUCUCCUAAAAGUUUUCUGAAGAACGGGUUGGACAACAGAGAGCACUUUUUCCAACGCAAGCCAAAUUGAGGGUUUUUUACCUCUUGAAAAGAGGUCUGGACACUGCCAGCUUCCCUUAACAUCUGCACUUAAAGGGAUAGUUCACCCAAAAAUGACAUUCUGACAUCAUUUAUACAUCUUCAUGCCAUUUCAAACCUGAUAUUUUAAAGAUCUUGGUAUUCAAAUGGUUUCAUGUCCUAUUGACUGCCAUAGCAUACACGAAAAAUACAAUGGAAGUCAAUGGGAACCAAAACUGCUUGUUCUUCAGAAUGUCUUCUUUUGCGAGUUAUGCAGGUUUGGAAUGACAUGAUUGUUUGGGUGAACUAUCCCUUUAGCAUCCACACUUGAUGAUUUGUUUAAUUAUGGAUGGACACCAUUCAUGUGCCGAUAACUACAUAUAAAGUCCACCCUUAUUACUCGGCUACUAUAAGUGUUGUGAAAUGUAUCGCCACAUGUGGCUCUCAUAUCAGUUUUGUAGUGGCUCUUUUACUCACUUUUUGGGGUCAAUGGGACAUGGAUGGAGAGAGCACAGUGUUGCACUACUGACAGAACAUUUCUACUUAUUUCUGUUGUUUUGUUAAAAAACCUGAUGCACAAACUCUGGUCUGGAGCAUUACAAGCCAUGUGUCAUCAUAAGUGUUAUGGGCAGGUUGACAGAGGGUUCGUAAAUGGGUGUGGACCACACAAAGAAAGAGAUGUUUGUACAAACUCAUGAUGUUAGUGUUUUUGCCAAUCAGAAAAAAAUCCAGAUGUAUUCAAAGAUGUGUGAUCAUUUUCAUGAAAUGCUAUUUUUAUGUAAUGAGUGUUUUGUGACAUGAAUGACAUUUUCACGUUGUGGGUGGAAAGUAAACAAGUAAUUCCACUUAUUGCAUUCUGGGUGUCAUUAUUAAACAAUUUAAGAUGCUUUAAAGUGAUUUACCCAAAAAUGAAAAUUCUGUCUCUAAUUACCCUUAUAUCGUUCCAAACCUGUAAGACCUUCCUUCAUCUUCAGGAACACAAAUUAAGAUAUUUUUGAUGAAAUCUGAGAGCUUUCUGACCAUCCAUAGACAGCAAUGUAACUACUAUGUUCAAGGACUAGAAAGGCAGUAGGACUUUAAGGUAAUAUGGACAUUAAAAUGCAGGUGCAUCUCAAAAAAUUAGAAUAUUGUGAAAAAGUUCAUUUUUUGUUUGUAACUUAUUUCAAAAACUGAAACUUUUAUAUAUUGUAGAUUCAUUACAUGUAAAGUAAAACAUUUCUAAAGUUUAAAUUUUGAUGAUUAGAGCUUACAGCUCAUGAAAGUCAAAAAUCCAGUAUCUCAAAAUAUUAGAAUAUUAACAUUUGAGUUUCACUAAAUGUCCAUCCCUACAGUAUAAAUUCCAGGUAUCUCUUGUUCCUUAAAACCACAAUAAUGGGGAAGACUGCUGACUUGGCAAUGGUCCAGAUGACAAUCAUUGACACCCUCCACAAAGAGAGUAAGUCACAGAAGGUCAUUACUGAAAGGGGUGGCUCUUUACAGAGUGCUGUAUCAAAGCAUAUUAAAUGCAUAUUUGACUGGAAAGAAGAAAUUGGGCAGGAAAAGGUGCACAAGCAACAGGGAUGACCACAAGCUUGAGAAAACUGUCAAGCAAAGUCGAUUCAUUCGCACAAGGAGUAGACUGUAGACUGAAGCCGGAGUCAGCGCAUCAAGAGUCAACACGCUCAGACGUCUUCAGAAAAAAGGGCUACCAAGCCACUUCUGAAACAGAAACAACAUCAGAAGACAAAAUCUUACCUGGGUUAAGGAGAAGAUGGUCCAAAGUCCUCUUUUUAGAUCAAAGUAAAUUUUGCAUUUCAUGUUGAAAUCAUGGUCCCAGAAUCUGGGGGAAGACUGGAAAGGCACAGAAUCCAAGCUGCUUGAAGUCCAGUAUGAAGUUUCUGAAGUCAGUGAUGAUUUGGGGUGCCGUGACAUCUGCUGGUGUUGGUCCAUUGUGUUUUAUCAGGUCCAAAGUCAAUGCAGCCAUCUACCAGGGGAUUUUGGAGCACUUUAUGCUUCCAUCUGCUGGCAGGCUUUGUGGAGAUGCUGAUUUCCCUUUCCAGCAGGACUUUAGCACCUGCCCAUAGUGCAAAAAUCACUUCCAAGUGGUUUGCUGACCAUGAUAUUACUGUGCUUGAUUGGCCAGCCAACAUACCUGACCUGAACCCCAUAGAGAAUCUAUGGGAUAUUUUCAAAAGAAAGAUGAGAAACAGUCGAUCCAACAAUAUACAGACGAUCUGAAGGUUCAGUAGUGCCUCAGCAGUGCCACAGGCUGAUCACUUCCAUCCCACAUCUCACUGAUGCUGUCAUUUGUGACAGGAGCAAGUAAUUUGCUGUAAUUUGUGCUGCCGACCAAGUAUUGAGUGCAUAAAUGAACAUACUUCAAAGAACUUGAACUUUCCUUUCUUUUUUGCAAGUUUUUUUUUUAAUUGAUCUUAGGAAAUAUUCUAAUAUUCUGAGAUACUGGAUUUUUCACUUUCAUGAGCUGUAAGCUCUGAUCAUCAAAAUUAAAACAAAACUCUUUAGAAAUGUUUUAUUUUACAUGAAAUGAAUCUAGAAUAUAUGAAAAAACAAAAAAUGAACUUUUUCACGAUAUUCAAAUUUUUUGAGAUGCACCUGUAGUUAAAAUUAGGGCUGUCAGUUUACCACGUUAACUUAAUUAAUCAGUUAUGAAAUAAUAAUAAUGUGAUUUAAAAUAUAUUAACACAGUUAACACACUGGCCCUGCCCCCAGACCUGUAUGUCAUCUUAUAUUUCAUACAGUUGACUCUUGACAAAUAUGAUGCAGGGCAAGAACUCCGUAAAUGCAGUUAUGCCCUAAAAUUCAAGAUACUGGUGCAAAAAUGCCCCUGUAUGUAUUUUGUCUCAUAUUUAUAUAUAUCACAUAUCAAACAAAAUCACACGGACAGCAAGAGCAAUAUGACACGAGUGCUGAUUUUGUCCUGAUCUAUCACAAGCUUAAAUGUGAUUUUAUACAACAGUUUAGUAAAUAAGAAGUUGAUACUGUUAUGUUUUAAACACAAUAUUAUUUGUUUUUGCUGAAUUUUACAGAGAACGUAUUAUCUUUGAAGCCAUAGCAGAAUUGUUGCGCAUCUCGGAGCAACACAGUGGUUUUUAGUUUCUGAAUGAAUCUGCGUUUUGAACGAAUCGUGUGAAUCAAUGAUUCAAAAGCCCAUUUACUUCAUUCCUGAAUGAAUCAGCUGUUUGAACAAAUUGAAUGAAUGAAUGACUCAAAGAUAUUUACCGCUACCUGCUGGCGAAUUUAGUUUCUUAUUUAGAGUAUCAUUUCAUAAAAAAAAAAAAAAUAA